CUCUCAUCAAAAUUAUUUGUGUGUCCCCUGUCUAACAUGAAUUUGAAUUAGGUUUUGUUGUUGCUUUGUGUAGGAAUCGCGUGAAUCGCAACAGGGGAUAUAUGGCUCAUGAGAUUUUGGUAGAGCGUUUGCUUCGAUCAACAGUUCUCAGUUUUCCAUGGAUGAGAACACUCAAGGAAGCUAUGGUUGAAGAGAUAAUUGAUAUUUACCAAAUCAGCCAUGAGAAAAUAUCAGAUGAUCAAGAAACAAUCAAGCAAGAAAAGACACAACAAAUAAAUCCUACAUUGCGAAGCUGUGCCAGGAACCAGAUAGUAGGAUCGUCACUCAAGGGCUUCUUUGGGGUGUACGAUGGACAAGGUGGUAGUAAGGCUGCGGAGUAUGUGGUGAAGAAUAUGCACUCGAAUGUGUUUGAUCUAUGCAUAACAACAAGGGGGAACUUGAUAAGCGAGAGACUUAAGCGCCUCCACAAGAUCACGAUACAAGUUAUACUCCGCUUCAUAAUCAUCAGAUGAAGCUCAGCUUUCUUUCUGAUUCGCGUGAUAGUGAUGCUUAGCCAAAUUCGACUUCCCAAUUGUGUUCUUUUGUCAUAUUUCAUAUAGAUGGUAUAUUCGACAUGCCAUAAAUUACGGAGUUCGUUUAUACACACAAACGUCGUACCGCUGAAUAACACUUUAUGGAUGUUUUCAACCUAGCGUUUAUGCUUUAUUUGAGCAUGCGAUGUCUUAAUUUCUAAGCCCC